AAAAAAAAAGUAUUGGAAAUAGUUUUUUUUAGUGUUGUUUUAAUUGACAUUUUUGAAGUGAUUUAUAACGGUGUAUAUUUUUAUUGUGAAUACAUAUUUAUUGCGUGGAGUAGCCAGAAUUACACUUUGGAAUAAUAAUUCGAUUUAUGUGUUAACAAAAUGACAAGUUUCAUAAAAAUGAAUCCAUAUUCAGAGAUUUGGAAGUGUCGACUAAGAUUGAAGAAGUUAGCUGAAGUGGCAUCAUCGACGUUGACCUGAGAUUUAUUUACUCAGAUUAAUAUACUGUUUAUAAUCUAUUAAACAAUGAUAUCCGCGCUGCUAACGGCUUUGUCUUUAAUGAUAUUGUCGCUUGCAUCAGCGGACGUAAACUUUAUGCAAUCUUGCGAGUCUCCUGCGCAGUGUCGAUGCGAUGGCCACGAAGCGACAGAAGUGUCCUGUAGAAAUUUGGGAUUCACCAGAAUACCCGACGACAUACCCGUCAAUAUCACUAAGCUAGAUGUGGCCAGUAACAACAUUACGGAGAUAGAUGAACAUGUAUUUAACCGACUGACCCUAUUGGAAGAUCUGGUAUUAGCUGAUAAUCCUAUUAAAGAGAUACACCCCGGAGCAUUUCUAAACAAUAUACGAUUAAAACGACUGUCGUUCCAGAAAUGUCAGCUUGUCCGGGCGCCAUGUGAAACAUUCCAGAGUUUCAGACAACUGUCGUCCUUACAGCUAGAUCAAAACCAUUUGACUGAGAUCGACGAUCAGUGCUUCGACCAACUAUCUCAAUUGAGGAAUCUCCGACUGGAAAAUAACAAACUCACCAAAGUUCCUAAACAAGCGUUAAGCCUAGUCCCUACCUUAGAAGCAUUAAACUUGGGAAGUAAUUCAAUUGUAGAUAUUUCAAAUGACUCGUUUUCCUCGUUACCCAAUCUGGUCAUAUUGCUACUUAAGAGAAAUCAAAUCGGAUUCGUGGAUGAAACUGCGUUUGAGAGCCUUACUUCUUUGAAAAUAUUGGAACUCGACGACAAUCAGUUGGAUACGAUCCCGGUCGCUCUUGCCAAGUUGACGUCUCUACAGGAGCUGUCGUUGUCUGGCAAUAAUAUUAAGUUCGUGCCCGAAGGCGUGUUGCAGCGAUCACAAGGUCUAGCACUGCUCGAGCUCAAAGGCAACCCGUUGAUUGGCGUACACCCGUAUGCGUUCGCUUCCCUACCGAAAUUAAGAAAACUGGUAUUGUCGGAAGCCAGAGAACUCACCGAGUUUCCGAAUCUUAACGGGACGUCGGCACUCGAAGUGCUCCGAAUCGACAGGGCGAGCAUUUAUUCGAUACCCGAUACGUUGUGUACGACGUGUCCUAAAUUAAAAAGCCUUGACAUCAAGUCGAACAGAUUAUCCAGGAUACCAAAUCUCAAUAAGUGUAAAGAACUUAGAGUGUUAGAUUUGGCUAAUAACCAUAUCGCGUCAUUGGAUGGAUCGUUGUUCCGGAACCUAUCUCAUCUCCACGACUUGUUACUCGGUCACAAUUACAUAACUUCGGUACCUAGAGACGCCUUUCAUGGAUUGGUUCAGCUCAAAGUAUUGGAUUUAGAAUCGAACAAAAUAGACCGCAUUGACGACGAAACGUUUUUGUCAUUUACCCAACUGGAAGAUUUAAACGUGGGCAAAAACGUAUUCGAACAACUACCCACCAAAGGCCUGGAGAGAUUGCUGCACCUAAAGACGUUUAACAACCCGAACCUGAGGCAAUUCCCGACACCCGAACACUUUCCCAGGAUUCAGUCUUUGGUGUUAUCGUAUGCAUACCACUGCUGUUCGUUUUUGCCCCUCCAGUCUGAAGACGAUUCGCCGCCAUCUUCACAGACGAGUCUCCACGAGUCCGUCAUAUUUCCAGCCAACGAAAACGAUUUCGACAUGACUCUCUGGAAUUCCAGCAUGUCCGACAUAUGGCCUCAAUUGCAAAAUUUAAGUAAAAAAUUUGGAACGCAAGUCAAUGAUUUGUGGGAUUCAUUUGGUUCAGACUUCACGUACCCAGGAAAUUUGCCAUCAUACAUGGAAGAAUAUUUUGAAGAACAACAGUUGGAAGGAAAAUCACAGGAUGUAAUGUCGUCAAAAAUCAAAUGCUUGCCACUUCCCGGUCCGUUCCUGCCGUGCCAAGAUCUCUUCGAUUGGUGGACAUUGAGAUGUGGAGUAUGGGUGGUAUUCUUACUGGCAAUGUUGGGCAAUGGAACCGUGGUAUUCGUGCUGAUAUUUGCCAGAAGUAAAAUAGACGUGCCAAGGUUUCUUGUGUGCAAUUUGGCCGCAGCCGAUUUCUUCAUGGGCCUCUAUUUAGGUAUAUUGGCUGUCGUUGACGCUGGCACGCUGGGAGAGUUCAAAGUGUACGCGAUACCUUGGCAAAUGUCUGCUGGUUGUCAGCUGGCUGGCGUAUUGGCAGUGCUCAGCUCCGAACUUUCAGUUUACACAUUGGCCGUUAUAACACUGGAACGGAAUUACGCGAUCACGCACGCCAUGCAUCUAAACAAGCGUCUAUCACUUAAACACGCGUCGUACAUAAUGCUUUGUGGUUGGAUUUUUGCCGGUGGCAUGGCCGCGUUGCCACUGUUUGGCGUAUCUGACUACCGUAAGUACGCCACGUGCUUGCCGUUCGAAACCACCACUGGCACGUGGAGUUUGGUUUAUGUAGUUUUCCUGAUGUUCAUAAACGGUGUUGCAUUUUUCAUACUCAUGGGAUGCUACUUGAAAAUGUAUUGCGCCAUCAGAGGCUCUCAGGCCUGGAAUUCUAACGACUCGCGAAUCGCCAAACGCAUGGCACUGCUCGUGUUCACCGAUCUGCUGUGCUGGGCCCCCAUAGCAUUCGUCUCUUUGACGGCCAUCUGUGGGUUUCACCUCGUCUCGCUAGAACAGGCCAAAGUGUUCACGGUGUUCGUGUUGCCGUUGAACUCAUGUUGCAAUCCAUUUCUCUAUGCCAUACUGACAAAACAGUUUAAGAAAGACUGCGUGAUGAUAUGCAAAGCCAUAGAAGAGUCCAGAGUGACCAGAGGCAUCGGCAGGUGUAGACACAGCUCUAACUUCAGCAACAGGCAGACUCCGGCUAACACCAACAGUCUGGUGGAUAGGUCAUCGCGAGACAACUAUCCACAUCCUCCGUGCAGCUGCAAUGUUAAACUGUUGGACGAUAAGUCCGUGAAAACAGAGGAGACAUUCUACGAUUGGCUGAACAUUAAAUUUAGAAGAAUAAUGUCGUGUUUACAGCGAGAGUCUGAUUCGGGCAGACAGUAUAUGAGGAGUGACCGGUACGCUUACCAAAUCGCCGAAAUACAGCAAAAACAGCAUAAGCGCGCGUCAUCGAUGUCGUCUAGUGAAAAUUAUAGUUCAUCAAGAUCAGAUUCGUGGAGACAGCAUCACCAUCACCAUCAUCACCACCAUUGUGGCGUACCCUUGAGACUUCUGGACCCAAAACAGAGGCGUGCCAGUUCAUGGAUUGUGACGAGGAAGACUUCGCAAGACUCAAAUCUGUCGAGCUCGAGAAACGACAGUUCGGGUUCCGCCAACACAGCCAGCACUAGUAUAAGCACGAGGGCUUCCAGGUCCAGUGUAGGUUGCAGCGACCAUAAACCAAAGCCUCGGCUGACGCGCCAACCAGCCGUUUUAGACGACCCCGAGCUGGUGGUGGGUGGUUCUCCUAACAGAUUAAGUGUUCGAUUUUUGGCCACUAUUCCUUCAGCAGCUGAGACCAGCGUUUACAGAGCAGAUACCGAGGACGAAGAUGACGAAAACAGAAUGGAUGAUUCGCUGAGGCCAGAAAAUUCGCCAACGACUACUGCUAGUGAAAGGACUACGCCACCGGAUUCUAAACCAACGUCCCCACAUAGUUAAAAUGUCACUAUAUUUUUUACGUUUAGUAGACUUUAGAUAAUUUCGUACAUAAGUUUUAUAGUCAUACCAAGUAAGAUUCUGAGACAUAGCCAUCUCGAACAAAAUAUAUAGUAACCAAUGAUAACGUGACACGUGAUAAUAUCCUGUAAGAUGUAACUCUUAACGAUGUAACUUAUAUUAUUGUUAUGAUUACUAUUGAAUAAUAGUUGUUCCCAACCACACAUGCGUAAAUAAUUAAAAUAUUAUGUAUAAUAUAUAUUAUAUUAUCCUGUUAUGACGCAUUUUUAUGAAAAUUCAUUACCUACAUCAUUUUAAUCUUUUAAAUAUCGAUGAACAAAAACGCCGAGUCUUAACUUAUGUUUUUAUAAUAUUAAAUUAAUAAUAAUAUAUUAUAAGAAUAUUAUUGUCUUUUAAAUUAAAUUUUUUUUUACUUUAUUUUCCCAUUAAAUAGCGUGGGAAAGUAUUCUAUAUAGCCUAAACAUUUGUAAGUAAGUAGAUCAUAUUUAUAACAUAUUGGUGUCUUAAGCCAACAUAAUAUUCAGUUUGACGAGCUUUAGUCGAUCGGUUUAAAGACAAGUUAUAUAAUACAAAUGAAUACAAAAAUAACAGCUCGAGCCAAGACAAUACUCUAUAGCAAAUUAACUAAAAAGGCUGUGUUUUAGUACAAGGAAUGACGAUAUAAAUUACGUAGGUUAUUAUAUUUUAAUAAUAAUAAUAAUGUUCUUUUUUUUUUUACUCUAAGUUUGUGUAAUAUGUAUGUUAUAAAUAAAUAUGGUUUUGCGUUAAAAGUAUAUUUCAAAGCAAUUGCACGUGUGCGUCAAACACAGAUACUUUUUGUACAGUAAAAAAACUUUUUUUGCAAUUUAUAAUCUCCAUGAUUGUACCAUAAUAAAAAAAUGUAAAUGUGAGACGAUGAAAAAAUAAUUCUGUUGCUACGCUCAUAAUAGUUAUAAAUUAUAACAGGAAGAGUAUACAAUAGAUAUACUUUUCCAGUGUACCCACUGACAAUUGCUCUGUGAGAUACUUUACUGACAAAACCGUAUGUUCGCCUGUUCCUGAUUCGUGUCAUUUUUGCCGGUUUUUUUGUACAUUUUACUAUAAUAUGUAAUAAAUUAUUAUUCGUAAUUUUGUCAUUCUAUUUUUAAUGGAUGCUCAAAAUCAACAUA